CAAAUCAAUAUUUCGUUUGCCUCAGUCUUCUGCUGAGAGCGUGACAAGCUCUAUGGACCCUCAGCUCGAAAGACAAGUAGAAACCAUCCGGAACCUAGUCGACAGCUACAUGAGAAUAGUGACAAAGACCACUCGAGACUUGGUCCCGAAAACAAUUAUGUACAUGAUCAUCAACCAUACCAAAGAUUUCAUCAACGGGGAAUUAUUGGCGCACAUCUACGCUAGCGGCGACCAGUCUCAGAUGAUGGAGGAGGCGCCCGAAGAGGCUCAGAAACGAGAGGAGAUGCUCAGGAUGUACCACGCGUGCAAAGAAGCUCUUCACAUCAUCGGAGAUGUUUCGAUGGCCACCGUUUCUACGCCAGUACCGCCGCCGGUGAAGAACGAUUGGCUGGCCAGUGGCUUGGAGAACCCGAGGUUAUCGCCUCCGAGCCCGGGAGGCCCCAGGAAGGCUACCCCGCAGAUGGGGACUGUCGGAUCUAGUGGUUCCUUGGGCUCUAGGGUGCCCCCACCACCCCCCAGUUCUGGUAGGCCAGCUCCUGCCAUUCCCAACAGACCAGGGGGUGGUGCACCUCCUAUGCCUCCGGGAAGACCUCAGGGACAAGCUCUACCAGCACCCCUCAUUCCCACUCGAAUUGGAGGCCAACAGCAGGGAGGAAUACAAGUACCUCAGCAGGUGCAGAUGGCCGUGGGAAGGGCAGUCACCAAUGCAGCCAUCAACGAAUUUUCCAAUGCCUUCAAAUUCCAUAAUAGACCGGUACCCAAUAUUCCUCCAAGAAUACCCGACAGGCCACAAACAGGAAGACCAAAUUGAGAAAUUUUCUAGUCAGAGUAUAUAGUGUUGCCUGUCUUUGGGACCAAUGGUGAAAGCUUAUCGGCAACAAUGUAAAUUCUUGCAGAGUGAGAAUUAAAUAUUGUGAUUCUUGGACUACUAUUGUGAGCAAAGCGACCCUGUUUUUGAUUUGGUACAAUUUUAAUAGGUAUUUUUGGAAAGACUAGUCUUUAUAUUA